UUUGACUUCCACCAAAAUGUCAGGGGACUCUCUGAUAGCUGGCUCCUUUGUGGUAGCAGACUAUGUGGUGUUUGCUCUCAUGCUGGUGGUGUCCGCCGCAGUCGGGGUCUACUAUGCCUGGUCGGACAGGGGCCAGAAAAGCUCCGGGGACUUCCUAAUGGGGGGCCGCAGCCUGACAGCCCUGCCUGUCUCCCUGUCACUGACCGCAAGCUUUAUGUCAGCCAUCACAGUGCUGUCCAACCCGGCCGAGGUGUAUCGCUAUGGAGCCAGUAUCGGAUUUUAUGCUAUCUCCUAUGUAAUAACAAUGGUGGUCACAUCUGAGGUCUUUCUGCCAGUCUUCUACAGGCUGGCCAUCACCAGCACUUAUGAGUAUCUGGAGCUACGAUUCAAUAGAGCAACCCGUCUGCUGGGAACUGGGCUCUUCAUUGUUCAGACAAUCCUCUACACUGGAAUCGUCAUUUAUGCGCCAGCUCUUGCGUUAAACCAAGUGACUGGUAUGGAUCUGUGGGGUGCAGUCAUUUCAACAGGCGUGGUCUGUACCUUUUACUGCUCAAUGGGUGGUCUGAAGGCGGUGGUAUGGACAGAUGUGUUUCAGGUUGGUGUUAUGCUUGCAGGCUUCUUGUCUGUCAUCAUCAGGUCUGUGGUUUUACAAGGUGGAAUCUCCCCCAUCAUUUUAGAUUCACAAGAAGGAGGGAGACUCAACUUCUGGGAUUUUGACACAAACCCCCUGAGGAGACACACUUUUUGGACCAUAACCAUUGGAGGGACCUUUGUCUGGGUCAGUAUCUAUGGGAUCAACCAGGCCCAGGUUCAGAGAUACAUCUCCUGCAAGAGCAUCAAACAUGCCAGACUAUCUCUGUACCUCAACCUGAUAGGUCUGUGCUCCAUCCUGUUGGCUUCAGUGUUUGCAGGGAUGUGCCUCUACUCAGUCUAUAAGAACUGUGACCCAUGGACAGCUAAAAGGGUUUCAGCUCCAGAUCAGCUGAUGCCAUAUUUGGUGAUGGACAUCUUGGGAGACUAUCCUGGCCUUCCUGGACUGUUUGUUGCAGCAGCAUAUAGCGGAUCUCUGAGCACAGUGUCCUCCAGCAUCAAUGCAUUAGCUGCAGUAACUGUAGAGGAUCUGAUCAAACCGUACACUAAGAUGUCUGAGAAGCACCUGUCCUGGACCUCAAAAGGACUGAGUAUCUUAUAUGGAGUUUUAUGCAUUGGGAUGGCUGGACUGGCCUCACUCAUGGGAGGGAUCUUACAGGCAGCCAUCAGCAUCUUUGGGGUCACUGGAGGUCCUUUACUUGGCCUAUUCGCAUUGGGUAUCUUUUGUCCAUUUGCCAAUUCUAAAGGAGCUUUGUCAGGUCUUCUGUCAGGAUUGGCUGUUUCUCUGUGGGUGUGCAUUGGAGCCCAAAUAUACCCUCCCACUCCUGAGAUGAGCCGACCACUGCCACUGACCACUCAGGGUUGUAACUUCACAACUACAAACAACUUCAACUGGACCUCCACCCCUCUGUCAGCAGGACCAAGCCCCUUCACCACAUCCCCUACACAGAUCAGUGAUGGCAACGAUCUACUGGCAGAUAACUGGUACUCAAUGUCCUACCUUUACUUCAGUCCCAUCGGAACCAUAAUAGCUAUCAGUGUGGGACUGAUAGUCAGCCUGUUUACAGGAGGUUUGAAGCUGAGGGUGGAAUCAAGGCUUACUUUAAUGAAAGAAGAUACAACUUUCUAUUACCUAUUCAAGUUUUUCCAAGACAAAGUCAUGAGACGAACAGGGAAGCUUGACCUGACAAAGGACAGAGAGAAGAAAUUUGGCAACACUAAUCGUGCUUUCUGUGACGUUGAGCUGGACUUAACAAAAAGAAACAUUCCCACAUGA